UCUAGGUUUGAAAUUUAUGCGGGCAAGCGCAGCUCUAGUGACGGUGGUGCAAGCGCAUUCGAUCACAAAACUGGAGCUGCCGCCGUCGUUCGAAAUCUGAAGAUAGUGCUCGACAGCAAUGCACGACACGCUUGGCACCUAGUCGUCGUCGACCGCUUCUAUUCCUCCAUUCUUCUGGCGAUCGAGCUGCUUGCUAUGGGCGUGUACGUGAUCGGAACUAUCAUGAUUGACCGUCUCGGACUGGACCAAAACAUCGUAGAGAAGCGGAAGUCGCGACCAGCGUUUAUUCCUCGCGGCACGUUCACGUUCUCGCGCUCGGUCGCAGUUCCAAGCAUGGUAGCGCUUCACUGGUGGGACCGCAAGCCGGUACACUAUCUGUGCACGGGAUCAGCGAUGACAGCUUCGACAAUCGACCGCAACGUCAAGCAAGUGGGCCCCAUUACG